AUGGGCUGUGUCAAUAGUGGACCAGUUGUGGAUCCAGCAGUCGAUGCAAAGUUUGAGCCUCCUCUCGGUGCUCCAAAUCCGGCAAAUCCUACCUGCUGGCUUGAGAUCGAGUGCGAUGGCAAGGUUCUAGGCAAGGUUGUGAUCGAGCUUAAAGCAGACACAGUCCCGAAAACAGCCGAAAACUUCCGUGCACUGUGCACCAUGGAGAAGGGAUUCGGCUUUAAAGGCUGCAAGUUCCAUCGCAUCAUUCCGGACUUCAUGUGCCAGGGCGGAGACUUCACCAAAGGCAAUGGAACCGGUGGAAAGUCCAUCUACGGAGAGAGCUUCGAGGACGAGAACUUCACCUUGAAGCACACCGGGCCAGGCAUCUUAUCAAUGGCAAAUGCAGGCAAGAAUACCAACGGAAGCCAGUUCUUCCUAUGCACGGUCACAACGAGCCACCUGGAUGGUGCCCACGUGGUCUUCGGCCAGGUGAUCAAGGGCUACUCUGUGGUAAAGGCCAUAGAGAAGGUCGGCAGUGAGAGUGGAGCUCCGUCGCUGCGGGACUGCGCUACGACUGCGACUGCGACGACGGCGAGGAGGAGGACGACGACUAUUGGUAGUCAUCAAAAACUGCGGCGAAGGUUCCCCAGAAUCCUAGUCGCGGUGAGAACUUUUGCCAGCCCAGACCAGAAGGCGAAGUACUUCUGGGGUUGGCGACGUGUGGGAGCGCGGGAAAAGAGGCUUCCUGCAUGGCUUGAGUCGAAAUCGUCGUGCGGCUCUAGGUUUGCAAGUGCAUGGGUUGAACCGUGCUGGGCAGCUGCCAUGGCUUCCCUUGGCAGUGCAGUGUCAAGCACUUUGGCCAACUCGUUGCACACAAGUCCUGCUGGGCUGGUGCGGCAUCCAGCUCGAUCGUCCAGAAGCCCAGCAAGCCACGGAGAACCUCAGGCAGCACGACUCAGUGCCGUGCUGUGCUCGGCAGUGGCAUCCUGUUGGACGGGUCGGAAAGGCAGAGAGUCGGUUAACUUUCGCGUGAGGCGAACUGUCACUGCUGAGCGCACCGCACGAAGGGAAGAGCUCAUGAAGCCCAAAACAGCCACCAGCAAGAAGUGGCACUGGAAGGAGAGAAUUACCGUCCACUAUGCGAAGGCUGACUCGAAGAUUCCUGGAACUGACACUGCUGUCGUCUUGAUGCAUGGCUUUGGGGUUGCCUCAUUCCACUACGAGGCACAAUUUGGUCCUCUAAGUGAGGCGGGGUAUACUGUGUAUGCGGCCGACAACGUAGGAGCCGGCCUGUCCUGGCCAGACUGCGAUCCUGCUCCCGGCACCCCGGAGAAGAUCCGAAGCCCAGGGACGGAGUGGGGUUUCGGACAGCCGUGCCCUCCUUUUGAGGAUAUGGUCAUUGGGGAGGCCUUGUGGGUGGAGCAGGUGAAAGAUUUCAUCGAAGAGUGUGUGGAGGAAACUAAUGUCAUCAUUGGCGGAAACUCGCUGGGAGGAUACCUCACGGUUCUGGCCACAGCAACCAUGAACACAAGCCUCAUCGGUCGGAUCAAGGGCGCUUUCCUGCUGAAUGCCACGCCAUUCUGGGGUUGGAUUCCCAACCGCUCCAAGAAUCCGGACCUGCAUGAUGCUUUUCCAUGGAAGGGCCAGUUUCCCGUGCCCGAGUCUGUCAGACCCCUAACCCUUGCAUGGUACAACACCCUCAGAAAUCCAGAUUCCAUUGAAUGGCUCUUGAAUUUCGUCACUUCGAACCCUGCUGGAGUUGGCCAUGAGUUGGCGGAGCGCAUUGCCACCAUGGCGGACCACCCAGCAGGUGCUGCGGCCUUUGCGCAGAUCUUGUUUACGCCACAAGCUGACUUGACGUUUGAGGAAGCACUGGACGAGGUGGUUACGUGCAACAUCCCUGUGUUCCUCCUAUAUGGACGGGAGGACCCGUGGAUAAUCCCCUAUUGGGCAGCACGCGCCUACGCGACGGCACCAGAUGCAGACUAUGUGCAACUAUCCCCCAGUGGGCAUUGCCCCCACUACGAGACGCCCGGCGCCGUCAACGAAUCUCUGCUCCGCUGGCUCCAGGACAAGGUUCCUGUGGAUGGCCAGGGACCACGGCAGGAUCUGCCAGGGUCGAUCGGAGCUUCGUUCACGGUGACGGAGAGCGAUGGCAGAGAAGUGGUUGUCACUCGUAGAGGCUUCCCAGAGCCUUUCCGCGAGAAUGAGUUGGCUUGGGAUGAGUUUCCGGCAUGGCUCCAACAGAUGGCGCGGGGAUACGAGUGA